GGAUUCCUCGUUAAAUGCGAGAUCGUCGCUCCGCAUUGGGGCGAAGAUGAUAUUGAGACGACGGCCGCACUGAUUGAAAGGGGGAGAGAAUCAAGGCUCGCGUGAGCGUGAGCGAGACACCCGGGUGGCAGGAAAGGCCGUGGCCGGGGUGAAGAGGACAAGAGGGAGAGAUGCCGGAAUCGAGAGCGGGAAUGGCGCGCCGUCUAUUGCGGCUGGGCUCCCUGUUCCUGUUCGCCCUGGCGCCGCUGCUCGUGCACUCCCAACUCACGUGGACACCCAUCUACGUCGGCAACAAAAGCCAAAUAGACCUCUGGACUCAGAGCAUGACGGGCUGCCCGUGUAACUUCAACUCGUCCAAGACUGCCUGCGCCUGCUGCGUACCAUCCGGUGGCUGCAGCUGCGGUGCGACAAUGCCGAACAGGUGCACGCAAUGCGGCCUCGAGAAUUACUGUGCCAACAUGUGCAAUGUAACUCUGGAUAGCCGACAGUUGUUCAGCAAAUCGGAUCGGGGCUUUGGGCAAAUAAAAUCACCGCAAUUCAAGGGGCCCUCGAUAUGUACCUACAGGUUCGUGCCGGACACCGGGCAGCGAGUCGAGCUACAGGUCUGGCGAAUGAUAUCUAUUGGACAGCAUAAUGGCACUGCAUGCGAGGGCGGCUGGCUGCAGUUCGAAGGCGGAGCCAGGAUUUGCGGACGUAAUUCCAGGCUGCAGCAGCCUAUUGUACUUUUCUCCGACAAGCCCGAACCCGUUUUGCACAUGCAAAUAAACGAGGAAACGGAGAGGUCGACGGUUUAUGCAUUCUAUAGCUUCGCAUCCACGGCAAGUACAUCCGUCGGUUGGCCUGCGAAAGGAGGCAGACGAGUUACUAAUACGGAUUGCGAUUGGGUUUACGAAGAAAAUCAGUGCCAUAGGGGCUGCGUUUUAGCAAGUCCCGGAUAUCCUGGACUUUACCCGCCUAAUUCUAGAUGCCGUUUUCUCAUUACGGCAAAUUCUACAGUUUCUAUAAAUAUCUCAUUCACUGCCGUCUUGAUGCCUGUCAAGCAUUGUACCAGUGAUUAUAUUGCCGUUUACGCUGGACCAACGACUAGCAGUGCCGUUCUAAAAACACUCUGCGGAAAUCAGACGGGUAGUGUCGUUCAUAUUGGAAAAGAUCUUCUAGUCGAAUUUCGAUCCGGACCGGAAGUUGAUCCAUUCAACUAUAAUGGCUUCGUUGCAACGCUGAAUUUUGUGGAAUUGACAACAGAAGUGCCCACUACGACAACCGUUGAAAGCACGAGCAAAGACGCGGAGGUGUUUCGCUCGAGCACUACGUCGGCCUUGAGCGAGCCCCCAACGGUCGUCCAACAGCAGCAGCACUCCGGUUGCGACGUCGAGGUGAACGGCGAGCGGUUGCGAACGGGCUCGCACACGACCCGCGGCCGCACCGCCUCCAGCUCCGACAGUUGCCGCCUCACCCUCCUGGGCCGCGAUUACGACACCGUCCACGUAUCCGUGCCCGGUUAUGCUCUCAGCAUGGCCUCUUGCAAAUCACAAAUUGAAGUUUUUGACGGGCUACUGGAUGAGAAAAGUUCUACAAACGUCAAGCCAAUAGGGAAAAUCUGUGGCCCGACGCCGGAGCAACAUCAAAAGCAAAUUUCAUCUCACGAAGCUCCCGAGAAGAAGAGAUACUCGUCUAGUAGCAGAAAUAUGACAAUCGUUCUAACACGAGCCAGUGAUAAUGACUUCAUGGAUGUGUCUUUUUAUUUUUAUAAUGAGCGCGAAUCAGGUACACAGCAGCCAAAGACAUUUUGCGACGUCGAAUAUUAUGGCCUAAGUUCACCGACAAUAGGCACAGUCGUACAUCCCAAGGCUUAUAAAUUUAAUAGCAUUUCCGGGAAUAUAAAGUGUAAGCAACAUUUUAUUCCAGCAGCAAAUCAAGCGAUAAUUAUCACGCUGAACAGCACGAUGAACCAGACGUACAGCAGCCACUGCACGACGCAAUGCGGUGACCAGGGCUGCCGCUGCGCGAGCAAUGAAUCAUUGGACAACAUCGAUCAUCUACUCCUUGUCUCGCGACCCCAUGGAAACACGCUGGCGUGUCUCUGUGGAAAUAGCCAGGAUUGGUUGCCGGUGGAAUUCUGGAGUACGACGCCCGUAUACAUCGAGUGGUCGAGAUCAAGCCACGCGGGACUGAAUCUCACCGCCGAGUACAAGUUCGCGAAAGACAGCUUCUGCGGCAGCCACAAUGUGGAGAAGCUCGAGGGUGAGAUCCACGCCGGCUACUCGGCCAACUUCAGCUUCGCUCUCAAUCAUUAUUACCAGCAAAAGUGCACUUACAUUAUCGACUCGCCGGCGAAUCGCGAGCUCGCCAUACUCAUCGAAUCCUCGCAAACACGACCAUGUACAGCUUGGAAUCUGACAGUGCACGAAUAUAAUAAGACCAAUGGAAAUUCCGAGGGGCCGAGGUUGCAUACAUUUUGUCCCCGAGAUAUAGCGAGAAAUUUCACCGUAUCUCAAGAUAUACGGUCUGUCAUAGUAAAAUUGCAAGCACUGGGGAGGACAGCACCACAGUACGUUCUGAAAUGGCGUAGCAGCGCGAAUUCAACAAAAUCUCGCAAUAAGAGCUCAGCGGUAUCUAAUAGUAAAGUCGCCAUGGCUGGCGCCUCGACGCCCGGCGUCGCCGGAACGGCGCUAACCGGCCUGCUGAUACUCAUACUCCUGCCCCUCCACGACGCUGGCACACAUCUCAACGCGCCGCAAACUUGAUCCAACAACGAUUAAUGCCUACUUACUUAAUCUGUAAAUAGCGUAGCCUCCUUGUCGCGGGGAAAUGUGGCAACUAGUCGAGCGAAUUGCGAUUGAUCACCUAUGUAUGAUUUGCGCAUACAUACAAGCACGCCCGCGUAAACAAACUCACGCUCGCACACAAGG